GUAUUAUCAAGUUCGGAUUCCGACUUUUUUUACCUUCUGGUGCUUUUCACACAGGAAGUGUAUUUCUUCCUUUUCUUUUCCCUUUUUUUUUUUCUAUUUAUUUAUUUUUUUUCUCACUUAUGCGCAAGUUACGUAUAUUAUGUCUUCACGGUUUAGCUCAAAAUGGUAUUCACUUUCGUAAAAAGAUGACAACUUUAGCGACAAGCAUUGACAAGCAAGCCGAGUUGGUUUAUGUUACAGCACCACACGUUAUCUUAUCACCAGAAUAUUCAUCAGUAUCAAAACGCGAACAAGAUUCAAACAUUACUAUUUCAGAUGAAGUGAAGGCGUUUGGUUGGUGGCACCCUUUACGUUACAAGAAACUUUUACCCGAUGGCACCUGUGUUGGAACAAUGGAAACCUUAUCUUUUCUAAAACAAGUGAUGAUUGAUCAGGGUCCUUUUGAUGGUAUUCUAGGCUUUUCUCAGGGCGCUUGUUUAUCAGCAUGUCUUUCAGUCAUGCUAGAAAAUCGGACUAUUCUACCUAAUAUGAUUCCUCCUGAUUUUCCACAUCCUUCGUUGAAGUUUGUCAUCAUUGUCGCAGGAUUUCCUCCCAAACAACAAGAAGCUUUCAAACCUCUAUUUGCUCAACCAAUCAAGAUUAGAACUCCAUCUAUGCACAUGAUUGGUGAUUUAGAUACCCUAGUAUUACCUGAACAAAUGAAUGAAUUGGCUAACUUGUAUCAAGAUCCUGUUAUAUUCAAGCAUUCUGGCGGACACUUUGUUCCUUCUAGUAUAGCAGCACAGAAAAAUCUUUCUGAAUUUCUAUCACGUUUUAUUCAAUAAUAAUAGAGUAGUUUUUACAUCGAAUAAAAAAAAGCCAUUGUAUUUUUACUAUACAUUUGGAUCUAGCAUUUGAUUGGUUGAUACAGAUGGACGGGA